AUGACUGCGGCUGAUGAGGGGGUUGCUAAGGAGCGGGUGGUGCAUGAUACAGACACCACCACAGGUGCAUCUACAGAGCCAUCAGUACACACUGAUGAGGCUUUUCCACGAGGACCUUCUGACAGAUCUGUUUUGACAGGAUAUGCUGACCAUGUCGCUCUUAGGAUAUGGCAGGGCGAGGAGCGUCCAGUGCUGAAGGUCACUUCUCACGGGUUGAAGUUGAAGAACUUCCCUGAGAGACCGAUGUCUGAGCAAGUGGCGAGGAUAGUUCGGGACUUCCAUUUGCUGGACUUUGAUGGAUGCUCCCUGACGAUGCUGGAUGCUCCGCUAUUAUCAACUUUUGUUGAGAGAUGGCACCCAGAGACCCCAUCCUUCCAUCUACCAUUCGAGGAGAUGACUGUGACUCUGGAUGAUGUGCAUUUUCUAUUUCACCUUCCUAUUGCUGGUACGUUUUUUACACCAGUUCAUAGGGACCAGGCGACGGCGGUGCAUAUGAUGAUGGAUGCGUUAUAG